AGGGAGUACCGAGCGCUUCCGGUGCGUGUGUUUGCUGUGGAGGGACAAGAACCCAGGUCUUCGAUGGCUUCACUGGUGGCAUAUGAUGACUCUGAUUCAGAGGCAGAGCCUGAGCCUGCUGGAAGUGUGAAUGCUUCUGAGCAGAUGAAAGACGCUUUUGGUGUGGCUGCAUCUCUCAGGCAGGACUUCACAUCUGGUGUAGUGGAUGUGACAAAAGAGGAGACACAGGGUACAGAGCAUGGUCCUCGUGAAGUUGCUGGGGAACAUCGACUCCCCCUGGUUCGGCUCUGGAGAAGGGAUCCGGGAUCUUGCCCCAGCCAGAGGCUACAGUGGCCUGCAAAGGAGCCGGAAGUCGCCUUCCCCACCAGUGAACCUUCUCGCCCCUCUUCUCUGUGGACAUGCCAUGCUCCUGCUGGCCACGUGCCCCUGGCAGCUGCCUGCUUGAAGCAAGUCAAACUCUCCUGGGACUCCCCUAAGCCAGCCUUCUGUGCCCCAAACAGAUCUGAAGCCACAGGUAAAAAUGCCAGCUCUUUUCAGAGGAAAAGGUGUGAGGACUGUAUUACACCAUAUACCCCGAAGAGACUGAGACAGCUGCAGGCGUUCAACACAGAAGCAGGCCAGAGGAAAGACGGGGAACCCCAGGGCCCCUCCACAGGGUGUGCCCCAGCCCCUUUCUGUGUGGCCCCCAGAGUGUCUGAGUUGAUUCAACCGUAUUUGAACAGUCAGUGCAGAGAAACCAGGGUGCCCAGGACGGUGCUUUUCCACCUGUGCGGCCAUAGGGGCCCCGUCAACAGCAUUCAGUGGUGUCCAGUCCUCUCCAGGAGCCACAUGCUCCUCUCCAUGUCUAUGGACAAAACCUUCAAGGUGUGGGACGCCGUGGACUCAGGGCGCUGCAUGCAGACGUACUCCCUGCACAGUGAGGCGGUGCGGGCUGCCCGGUGGUCUCCCUGUGGCGGGCGCGUCCUCAGUGGCGGUUUCGACUUUGCUCUGCACCUUACAGACCUGGAGACAGGAACUCAGCUAUUUACUGGUCGAAGUGACUUUAGAAUCACCACCUUGAAAUUUCACCCAAAAGAUCACAGUGUUUUUUUAUGUGGAGGCUUCAGCUCUGAAAUCAAAGCAUGGGACAUAAGGACCGGCAAGGUGGUGAGAGGCUACAAGGCAACCAUCCAGCAGACCCUGGACAUCCUCUUUCUCCAGGAAGGCUCCGAGUUCCUGAGCAGCACCGACGCUUCUACCCGGGACUCUGCUGACCGCACCAUUAUUGCCUGGGAUUUCCGGAGUUCUGCCAAAAUCUCCAACCAGAUUUUCCACGAGAGAUACACCUGCCCCAGCCUUGCCUUGCACCCGAGGGAACCGGUAUUCCUGGCACAGACCAAUGGAAACUACCUGGCCCUCUUCUCCGCCGUGUGGCCCUACAGGAUGAGUAGGCGGCGGCGCUAUGAGGGGCACAAGGUCGAAGGCUACGCAGUGGGCUGUGAGUGCUCUCCAUGUGGUGAUCUGCUGGUGACAGGCAGUGCCGACGGCCGGGUCCUGAUGUUCAGCUUCCGCACAGCCAGCAGGGCAUGCACGCUGCAGGGACACACGCAGGCCUGUGUCGGCGCCACCUACCACCCCGUGCUGCCGUCUGUCCUCGGCACCUGCUCCUGGGGAGGUGACAUCAAGAUCUGGCACUGACCCCAGUGGCGCCUGGGGUCCCCUUCUCUCUCAGGGGAGGGGGCUUGGGUACUGAAAUUGGCUUUGGGUCAGACCUAGACUGAGGCUGCCUCCACCACCCGCUGCACCUCCGUUUUCUCAUCUGUGAAGUGGGGACGAGAACCUGUCUCAGGGUGGCGAGGACUGCUGAGUGAGUGCCUGCCGGGUGCCCGGAUGCCCAGUGAACAUGUGCUCAGCGACAGGCAGGCAUUGGCAGCUCCCUCCUGCUUCUAGCUGCCAGGCCUGCUGGGAUGCCACAGACGGGUGACAGGGCGCACUGCUGGUCCUGAGCCAAGUGUCUCCAGGGUCAGUGGGCCCCUGGGCUGGACUCUGCCUUUGGGAACCCUGUUGUCCUGCCAGGCUCACAGGGCCCCAGCCCCUUCCUCCCACACAGUAUGGCCAUCUGGGUCCCUGCUCUGCCCAAGCCCUGGCACUCCCUGGGAUGAUGUGUCUGUCCUGGUGAAGGGGUGAUGUGGAGAAGCAGGCCCUGAGGAGCCUCAAGGAGCUGGACUGGGUGAAGCUUGAUUCCUGGGGACCUGGGCAGGUCAGCACACGGCAAACCCCACCAGCACUGUCACUGAAGGGCCACGCUUGCCAGCCUCCCAGCAGAUGAGGGUGAGGGCCCUAGGUACCUUGGAGUCCUCCUGGAGGAAGCAGACCUUGAGCUGGCAGGGAGGGCAUCCUGGAGGGUAGUCAGAAGGGAAGUGCCAAGAAGUGCCCGGGCAAGCGAAGAGCCGUGCUGCCCGUCCACGCACCGCUGCCAGACGUGGCAAGGCACUGCCCCUCCCGGCCUGCAGGCUUGCUGGGAGGGUGAGGAGCAGGCAGUCCCUGGGGGUGUUGGGCACAGUGGUGCCCAGCCAUGGAGGGAGGCCGAGCUGCUGCAGAGCUGCUGCGUGAGGUGCUUCAGUGUGCUGGGGGUCUCGGGGGUCUACAGGAAGGGUGUUCCAAGCAGAGGGAGGAGCAGAUCAAAGGCCCUGAGUUGGCCCUGUGCUGAGGGCCUAAUUGUCCACCCCGGCCUUCCACCUUGGCCUUGCCCCCCAGCCCACUGUCAGAGCAGAGCAGUCUGCACAACGGAUGUCAGGCAGAGGCAGCACCAGCUGUGUGCUCAGCCUGGCGUGAGGAAGCCAGAGCUGAGCAUGGGGCAUGGGGAGAGAGAGCCACAGCCCAGUGUGCCCAUCAUGCCUGUCAGAGUGAGUGAACAGGCGCCCCGGGCCCAUGCAGGGCACAGAGCUCUGGAGCCCUUGUGUGCCGAGUCAGCCGUGGUGGGAACUUAGUCUGGGAACACCUUCUGUUUCUAUUUUUAGGCUCAAUAAAUGGUUGAUUUG